GCCCAUGUCAUCCGCUGAGCAUCGAGCCUGUGUGUAUACUCCGACGACUGCUGCAGAAACAGAACCGAUCAGUAAGGAGUAAGGGCCAUCUCUGAAGAAGAAGAGAGUGAAUCAGUUUCAAGUGCUAUAGAUGUGCUCGUCCUUGGAGUUCCAGAAUACGUGAAUAUACCUUUUUGAACUGUUAUUAGAUCUACCAUUAAAAUAUCGUUAAUAAUGAAGGAGAACUUACCAGACAACCCCACCAACAUGUCACAGGACCCGAAAAAACAUUCGCUCUUUUGGUUUCGGAAAGGCCUUCGCAUACACGACAACCCUGCCUUGAUCGCUGCCAUAGAGGGGGCUUCCACAUACCGAUGUGUUUAUAUUCUUGAUCCUUGGUUUGCUGGCGCAUCACAAGUUGGAAUAAAUAAAUGGAGGUUCCUGUUGGAAAGCCUGGAGGACUUAGACAGCAGCCUGCGCAAGUUGAACAGCCGUCUGUUCGUGGUGCGUGGCCAGCCGGCCGAUGUGCUGCCGCGCCUGUUCCAGGAGUGGGCCAUCACGUGCCUGGCCUUCGAGGAGGACCCGGAGCCUUACGGCAAGGAGCGCGACUCGGCUAUCUCCGCCAUGGCUCGGGAGUUCAACGUGCAGGUCAUUGCUAAGUCUUCGCACACGCUCUACGACCCCAAGCUAGUGAUAGCUGCCAACGGCAACAGCCCUCCGCUGACGUACAAACGAUUCCAGUCUGUCCUGUCCACCCUGGAGCCACCCAACCAACCGUGCGAGACGAUGACGGCCCGACUGCUGCACGAGAUGACCACGCCGGUGGCAGAUGACCAUGACGACCGCUUCAGCGUACCCUCCUUGGAUGAACUCGGCUUCGACACAGACACACUGGACGUGGCACAUUUCAGGGGAGGAGAGUCGGAGGCCGUGGCACGGCUACACAGACAUCUGGAGAGAAAGGUGAAGAAAGGUGCGGAGCCCCCACUCGCCCUGCACGGCCAGCUGUUGUGGCGAGAGUUCUUCUACACGGUGGCCACCAACAACCCCAACUUUGACCGCAUGGUGGGCAACUCGAUCUGCGUCCAGAUCCCGUGGGAGCACAACCCAGAGGCUUUGGUCAAGUGGGCAGAGGGCAUGACUGGCUUCCCGUGGAUCGACGCCAUCAUGGUACAGCUGAAGAAGGAGGGCUGGAUCCAUCACCUGGCUCGGCACGCUGUAGCCUGUUUCCUCACGCGUGGAGACCUGUGGAUAUCCUGGGAGGAGGGCAUGAAGGUGUUUGAUGAGAUGUUGCUGGACGCGGACUGGAGCGUCAACGCCGGCAUGUGGAUGUGGCUCUCCUGUUCCGCCUUCUUCCAGCAGUUUUUCCACUGUUACUGUCCCGUGGGCUUUGGCAAGCGGGCCGACCCCUCGGGAGAUUUUGUCAGACAUUACCUGCCGGUGCUGAAGGCUAUGCCCACCAAGUAUAUCUAUGAGCCAUGGACAGCCCCAGAGUCUGUGCAGAAGGUGGCCAAGUGCAUCGUGGGGAAAGACUACCCGAUGCCCAUGGUUGUCCACUCUGACGUCAGUCGCAUCAACCUUGAGAGGAUGAGACAGGUGUACAAGAGGCUGGUGCUGCAGUCGUCUACGAGCAAAAGAAUGUUCCUCGAUCUACCCAAAAUACCGAAAGUGAGCAUGUUCCUGAGCAAGGCCAAGAUGUUCCUCAGCAGCUCCUCGGACGACGAAGUCAGCCAGAAACAGCGACGGAGGAAACAGGUGGACGAAUGACACACGCCCGACUCGGUCCCCGUGACCUCGCGUGACGCAGCAAGGACAACAGCACGCAGCCACAAGUGGGACAGGAACAACAGCUCAACGCAGCAACAGCAUGCUGGGUAAAAAAACAGCUCAGUCCGCGUGCAGAUCGAACAAAAGACAGACAGCUUUUUGUGGCUCCGGUGGUUUAGACGAGAAGUGCGCAGUGAGUGCCCGUCACCGACUGACGUGUGAGAAAAUCGUACUGCUGCGUUCUGUGGGACUGACGGGCCGGGCCCUCUGAGCUGUGUGCUGGUGCGUGUGGUGCGUACCGGUGUGUGUGUGGUGCCUGGACACUGUUCACUGAGGAUGUUUUCUAGCAUGAAACAAACGGUCACAGACCAAAUCACCAAGAAACUAAGUUGACUAUGACUAAGUGAAGAUUUCAGAAUUUGGUGAAAGACUUUGUGUAACAUUGGUUUGACAAGUUUUGUCUUCACUGGAGCAGUUUGCCAGGUGGCAGGGACUUUGUUGAUGGGUGGAUUGGGAACAUCUGCCUGAUUUUUGCUGGAUAAAAGUUGUGAGUGAUGUGAGAGAGAGAUUUUUAAAGACCUGAGAACAUUUUUUGGUAGUCCGGGCUCUGUGUCUGGCACCCGGAUCUUGGUAGCGGAUUAUGUUGUUGUGUUGUUAUUGUUACUUCUGGCUAUGGAUACCCGUCCCCACACAACUAGAAUACAGCGUCACCGUCGCUGGAGGGGAAAGUGAUGUGUUUCAGGACUUGUGGAGGGUUGAGGUUGUUCUCAUUUCUCUCCCUCGUUGGGAUUGUUUAUUGUUUGUUUUUUAACGCUGAGACAAACGUAAGUGAAGCUGGUGAACUGUUGUCUACAUGUUGUUAUGUUGGAAAUGUAAGACAGCUGGAAGAGACAGCCCGCAUAUUGUGGGAAGAAAAAGCGUGCGGUGGCACGUCAGAUGCUCAGGACAGAGCCAGUGUUCUGUGUGCGCGAGAUCUCUCCUGUAGCUCCAGAAUGUGACCGGUGAUGUUUGGGAUAUCUCGUGCCAAAGUGUCGCCAGUGACAUAAUUUUUCCAGUUCAGAGGUGCCGAUUCUUCUGGAAAAAUCUGGAAAUCUAAAUUUCUGAAAUUGUCCGGUGUGCGCCUUACUUCAGGCUGAUCGUCGCAAAAAA